AUGUUGUCUGCAAGAAAUUCAAUCAAAACUUUAAAAUGUCAAAUAAGUAGAUUUAAUUCAAUUCGUUUACAAUCAACUACUGCUGCUCCAACUGGACCAGUUAUUGGAAUUGAUUUAGGUACAACCAAUUCAGCUGUUGCUGUUAUGGAAGGUAAAACUCCAAAAAUCUUGGAAAAUUCAGAAGGUGGUAGAACUACUCCAUCAAUUGUUGCAUUUUCAAAAGAUAAUGAAAGAUUAGUUGGUAUUCCAGCUAAAAGACAAGCAGUUGUUAAUCCUGAAAAUACUUUAUUUGCCACAAAACGUUUAAUUGGUAGAAGAUAUGAAGAUAAAGAAGUUCAAAGAGAUAUUAAUCAAGUUCCAUAUAAAAUUAUUAAACAUGGUAAUGGUGAUGCUUGGUUAGAAGCAAGAGGUGAACAAUAUUCUCCACAACAAAUUGGUGGUUUUAUUUUAAAUAAAAUGAAAGAAACUGCUGAAGCUGCUUUAGGCAAAAAAAUUACUAGUGCUGUUGUUACUUGUCCAGCUUAUUUCAAUGAUGCUCAAAGACAAGCUACUAAAGAUGCAGGUAAAAUUGUUGGUUUAAAUGUUUUAAGAGUUGUUAAUGAACCAACUGCUGCUGCUUUAGCUUAUGGUUUAGAAAAGAAAGAUGGUGAAGUUGUUGCUGUUUUCGAUUUAGGUGGUGGUACUUUUGAUAUUUCCAUCUUAGAUAUUGGUGCAGGUGUUUUCGAAGUUAAAUCAACUAAUGGUGAUACUCAUUUAGGUGGUGAAGAUUUUGAUAUUGCAUUAGUUAGAAAUAUUGUUGAUACUUUUAAAAAGGAAACUGGUAUUGAUUUAGAAAAAGAUAGAAUGGCUAUUCAACGUAUUAGAGAAGCUGCUGAAAAAGCUAAAAUUGAAUUAUCAUCAACUGUUUCAACUGAAAUCAAUUUACCAUUCAUUACUGCUGAUGCAUCAGGACCAAAACAUAUUAAUCAAAAAAUCACAAGAGCACAAUUUGAACAAUUAGUUGAACCAUUAAUUAAAAAAACCAUUGAACCAUGUAAAAAGGCAUUAAAAGAUGCUGGAUUAUCAACAUCAGAUAUUAGUGAAGUUAUUUUAGUUGGUGGUAUGUCAAGAAUGCCAAAAGUUAUUGAAACUGUUAAAUCAAUUUUCGGUAAAGAACCAUCAAAAGCUGUUAACCCAGAUGAAGCUGUUGCUAUGGGUGCUGCCAUUCAAGGUGGUAUCUUAGCUGGUGAAGUUAAAGAUGUUGUUUUAUUAGAUGUUACUCCAUUAUCAUUAGGUAUUGAAACUAUGGGUGGUGUCUUUGCAAGAUUAAUUGCAAGAAAUACUACCAUCCCAGCCAAAAAAUCACAAAUUUUCUCAACUGCUUCUGCUGGUCAAACAUCUGUUGAAAUUAGAGUAUUCCAAGGUGAAAGAGAAUUAACAAGAGAUAACAAAUUAAUUGGUAAUUUCACAUUAAGUGGUAUUCCACCAGCACCAAAAGGUGUUCCACAAAUUGAAGUUACUUUUGAUAUUGAUACCGAUGGUAUUAUUAAAGUUUCUGCUAGAGAUAAAGCUUCAAAUAAAGAUGCCUCUAUUACUGUUGCUGGCUCAUCAGGUUUAUCAGAUGCUGAAAUUGAAAAAAUGGUCAAUGAUGCUGAAAAAUAUGCUGAAUCAGAUAAAGCAAGAAGAGAAGCUAUUGAAAAUGCAAACAGAGCUGAUCAAUUAUGUAAUGAUACUGAAAAUUCAUUAAAUGAACAUAAAGAAAAAUUAUCAACUGAAGCUGUUGAUAAAGUUAAAGAAUUAAUCACCAACUUAAGAGAAAUUGUAUUGAAAGCUCAAGCUGGUGAAGAAGUAGCUCCAGAAGAAUUAAAAACAAAGACUGAAGAAUUACAAAAUGAAGCUAUUAAUUUAUUUAAGGAUUUAUAUAAAAAUGAAGGUGAAUCAGGAUCAUCAUCAGAAGAACCACCAAAAAAUUAG